UAAGGCGCGGUCAGCUGGUACUGUGUUUACAGCAGGAGGUGAGCGAGUGUGGAGAGCGCGUCACUACCGAGCACCGACAACACCCUCGGCCUCCCGCCGUGCUUUACCGAGGGUCUCUAAUCAAAAUGGGAGGGGCGGUGAGUGCCGGUGAGGACAAUGAUGACCUGAUCGACAACUUAAAGGAAGCUCAGUACAUCCGCACUGAAGAGGUGGAGCAGGCCUUUCGUGCCAUUGACCGUGCGGAUUACUACCUGGAUGAAUUUAAGGAAAUAGCAUAUAAGGACUUGGCUUGGAAGCAUGGCAACAUCCAUCUGUCAGCCCCCUGCAUUUAUUCCGAGGUGAUGGAGGCUCUGGAAUUACAGCCCGGCCUGUCCUUCCUGAACUUGGGCAGCGGCACUGGAUAUUUAAGCACUAUGGUGGGACUCAUCUUGGGGCCUUAUGGCUUGAACCAUGGAGUUGAGCUUCACCCAGACGUCAUUGAAUAUGCAAAGCAGAAGUUGGAUCAGUUCAUCCGAACAAGCGACAGCUUCGACAAGUUUGACUUCUGUGAACCGUCCUUUGUGGCUGGCAACUGUCUGGAAAUCUCUCUGGAAUCUUCAGCUUACGAUCGCGUGUACUGUGGAGCCGGGGUACAGAAGGAGCAUGAGGAAUACAUGAAGAACUUUUUAAAAGUGGGCGGGAUCCUUGUGAUGCCACUCGAAGAGAAGCUCACAAAGAUAACCCGCACUGGUCUAACAUCCUGGGAAACCAAGAAGAUCCUGGCUGUGUCAUUUGCUCCGCUAGUGCAAAUAACUAAAGUCGACAAUGGAAGGAGACACCCCCUCCAUCUUCCUCCUCCAAACGUGCGCUCCUUGCAAGACUUGGCUCGCAUUGCCAUCAGGGGACGUAUUAAGAAGACCAUCAAACAUGAGGUCACCUGCAGGGGAGUUGGGGGGAGCCUAAAACCCCAACGCCGCUACAAACGUAAGCGCCUGCGCCGACGCCGUAUGGAGACCAUAGUCUUCCUUGACAAAGAAGUGUUUGCCAGCCGCAUCCCAAACCCCUUUGAUGACAACAACAACUGUGAAGAUGUGGAGGAGGACCCAAGAGAAGAGGAAGAACGAGUGGUCAUUGACACAAAGCCAGAGCCUCUUGUUAACUUUCUCAGAGAGAAAAUUCUGAGUCUGCCUCUUCCAGAUCCUCUGAAAUACUAUCUGCUCUACUACCGAGAAAAAUAAACCCCAGGACAAUAUGGAGGUCUUCUGACUGCACCAAUAUUUUUUUUCCCCUUUAAACUGGCUGGCAUCUGGUCUUAUGGGGAUGACGGCCAGUCCCUUUUGCCUUCUUGACCAUUGUAUCUCCAGCUCUGCAGCCAGUUUCUUCUAUAGCUCAAGCAACCAAGUCGAAUCCAGAAUGUCCAUGGACUCUGACACUUUCCAUCCUUUUGCUUUCCUCUAAGGAUUGAUUGCACUUCUAUAGAAGCCCCUUGGGUGCUUUGUCUAGCAGAGCAGCCCUUUAAAAGCACAGCUCUUUUCCACUCUCCUUCCAAUCCUAGAACCCCACUUGGCUACAUCUUUGACCUAUGGUGGUUUAUCUGCAACAUUGAAAAGGUCAUAGGUUUUUGACCUAAUGUGGGGAUUAUAGGGGGUACUGUACUAGUCACUCUUGCAGGUACUAUUGUCUCUGUAGAAAACAUGCUAUACCGGAGCAUUCGCCAGAAACCAGAGCUUUUAGUGCAUUCGGCAUAGGUGGUGCCCUAAAUGCUAAAUCCCUUUAAGUAAUGUUGCAGGUAUAUUGGUGUUCAAACCUUUCAUAGAAAUAAGAAACUAAUUCAGGGUAAGCAUGAUGGAGCGUCAAUUACCUUGCAAACUAUGCACAAUUUUGCAAGUGAUAUCUAUACUGGAUCCAUCUGGAAGUACAGGUGCCUGUCAGUUAUUGGGUACAAUACAACAGCUUGCAUGUUAAUACCUCUGCUUCCAGUACCUUCUGAUACUGCUGGACAGAGCAAGCUAUCAUUCAACAAGCACACCUGUCCUAUUUAAUGCCAUUUUGAGCCCCUGCGCCAACACUGGUUGACACAGUCUGUCGUGUGGAGUAACCACAGUGUAAAAAUGAUCAAUGGACCAUAUCAUUGACCUACUCUUUUAUUAGAGCAAGUGAAAUGUGCAAAUGUCAUAAAGUGGCAUGUAAUUCUGAGUCAUCUGUAUAUUCUCAAUAGCCUGUUGGACUUUACAGAUUCCAGUGACGCAGAGGCUUGGCUUGAUCGGUAAGCAUUUUUAGUUAUAUACAGGAAAUUACAGCUCAAAUGCUAGAUUAUAGAUGGACUUGAAUUGUGUGUGUGGUCAAUGGAUCAAUGCAACCUGCUGUGCUUGGGUGUUGCCACAAGGUGGAGCUAGGUUACAAGCCUCAAUACAGUGGAAAAGUCAAUGCAGUCUGUAGUGCUGGAGUGUAGCCACUAGGUGGAGCUCCAAUACAUGAAUUGUACAGUGACUGGUCCGUUUAGGUUGUUUUGCUGGAGUUCAGGCACAAGGUGGAGCAGUAAAGCUCCAGUAUGGUUGAGCUAUGAGUGAGGGGGUGGUUCAGUGUUGUAUUUGGAGAUGUUGAAGCCCAUUGUGUGUGAGUCACAGGUUAUGUUUAGGGUAUAUGUAAAUUAAGCAACAAAAAAGGCACACUGGGCAGUAUUCAGUAUGUGGUAUUUGUUAAAAGGGACCUAACGUGCAUCUGAAAGCAAGGAGGUGUCUCUUCCCUUCAAGAUUUUUUGCUACUUAAACCAAACCCUAAGGCUACAUGCACACGACAGGGGAAAAAAACGUCCUUUAAAAACUGACAUUUUCACUGAUUCCUUUCUGAGAAAAGGACAUUAAAAAUAGACCUAUUCAAUUGCAUGGGGGCAGUCGGUGGAAAAACGGACAAGAUAGAACAUGUUCUAUUUUGAAAUCCCCCCCCCCCCCCCUAUGAACAGUCAAAAAAAAAAAAACUGCCAUUGAAUAACCCCUAUAGACUACCAUUGGUCUUACAACAGACUUGUAAUGCCUGUUAAAACAAUGUACUUCACAUGUCUUUUUCACUGUCAUGUGCAUAUAGCCUAAUAAAAUAAAUGCUUUGGAAAGAAAAAAAACAAUCUCUACAUUAAGUAUGUUGCCUUUCAGUAAUGGUGGGGAGUACUAUUUAAUAGAGGAGAGCGGCGUGCCACAGUGAGGUGGGUUUAGGUUCUGUCAUCCCUAACUACUUUGCUGUUUCAUUUGAGCUCAUUGCAAGAUUUGCUUAAGUGCCACAUCACAAUUCUUUUUCCUGCGCUUGUGCUGUUGGGUAUGGUUCAUGUUACAGCCGAUGCAUCCUGUAUUACUUGUGCUAAUUCAAGAUUUAUCAAAUAUUUUUUUUGUAUAUUUAUGUAGUCUUUAAAUAGAAAUGUUUUUUUUCAUAA